AAGAAAGUUGUCUAUGGUUUUAUUAGCUCAGCAAUCUUAAAGAAAGUUGUGGCUUUCAUUCUGCCUCUAAAUAAAAAUCACGAGCUGUCUAUGGUUUUACCAAUUUUCUUUUAUUUUAUGCAAAAUCGAUACCUAAUACUCUCAUCGCCAUUUUCAAAAAUCCCAUCUGAAGAAAAAAAAAAGGGAAAAAAAGGAGAAAAUUAUUCUCCAGCUCGUUCUCUGUAUUGAUUCCUCCAAGCUUUAUCCAGAAUAUAUUCUCUGGGCUCAUGCUAGAUUCGAUCACAAUUCUCCUCCCCGGUUGAAUUUGAGCAUAAUUAUUCCCUCAAGAUUUCAUUUUUUGGCAAUUGGGUCAAAGAUCAGCUGCCGCGUGCUGGCAAUCCGCACAUGAAAUUGAAAUUAGGUUUUGGAAUCGGAAAAAGCGAAGAGGAAAGUCAAAGGCUUUUUGGGGCAUUGAAUUUUUCGUUUGUUCUCUGGGAAUGCUAUAUCUGAAGCAGCCUGUGGGGGCGGUUAUGGGGUUAGGAGUUUCUGCUCGGGGUCGAAUCGGUUUUGGAUCGCGGGUGGGCGCGAGUGCGGUUUGAUUCCCGAGCUCGGAGGCUCGGGAGUCGUGGAGGCAAGCGAAAAUGGCGGACGUGUUGGGAGGUGUACAGGCGGAGCAGCAGGGAGUACAACCUGGCUCGGAGGUUUCUGCUCAUCCUCAGGAAGGAUGUAUGCAGAAGUUCAGGCUCUAUGAGACUCGAUCGCAUGGGCAUUGUUUAAUGGAUAAUGUUGAGAAGCAGUCUUUAUCUUCCACAUGUCAACCAUUAAAGAAAUUUUAUAUGGUAGGGAGGGACAAAAAUAGAACAUAUUGGAAAGUUUUGAAAAUUGACAGAUCAGAACCUUGUGAGCUUAACAUUCGUGAAGAUCCUACCAGGUAUAGUGAAAGGGAGUGCUCUGAUCUAUUGAGAAGGAUACACGAAGGAAACCAGGCUACGGGAGGACUUAAAUUUGUCACAACAUGUUAUGGUAUUGUUGGAUUCAUCAAAUUUUUAGGCCCUUAUUACAUGCUACUCAUUACACAACGGAGGCAGAUUGGCGUAAUCUGUGGUCAUACUAUAUAUUCAGUCUCAAAGAGUGAGAUAUUUCCCGUGCCACAUUCCGCUUUUAGCACCAGCAUGGUUAAUUAUAAAAGCGAAAACAGAUACAAGAAGCUCUUGUGUAUGGUGGAUCUUACUAAGGACUUCUACUUCAGUUACUCCUACAAUGUUAUGAGGAGUCUCCAGAAGAACAUGUGUGAUAAAAACCCGGGGCCGGUCUUGUAUGAAACUAUGUUUGUCUGGAAUGAGUUUCUUACUCGUGGAAUACGUAAUAUUCUUCAGAAUACUCUGUGGACUGUGGCACUGGUCUAUGGCUUUUUUAAGCAAGCUGCAUUUUCUAUAUCUGGGCGGGAUCUCCGACUAACUCUGAUUGCAAGGCGUUCGCGGCACUAUGCUGGUACCAGAUAUCUUAAACGCGGUGUGAACGAGAAAGGCAGAGUGGCAAAUGAUGUGGAGACGGAGCAAAUUGUAGUUGAGGAUGGUCCUCAAGGAGUGCCAAUGCAAAUUAGUUCUGUGGUCCAAAACCGUGGCUCGAUCCCACUCUUUUGGUCACAAGAAACUUCCCGCCUAAAUCUUAAACCUGAUAUUAUAUUGUCGAAGAGGGAUGAAACAUAUGAGGCUACUAGACUUCAUUUUGAGCAUCUUGUCAAGAGAUAUGGAAAUCCGAUCAUUAUCUUGAAUUUAAUUAAGACAAAUGAAAAGAAGCCUCGAGAAUCCAUUCUCCGAGCAGAAUUUGCUAAUGCUAUUGAAGUCAUUAAUAAGAAUCUGCCAGAGGAGAAUCGGCUUAAAUUUCUUCAUUGGGAUUUGCAUAAACAUUCCCGGAGCAAAGCUACAAAUGUUUUGCUACUUUUGGGAAAGGUGGCUGCCUAUGCUCUGACGCUGACGGGUUUCUUUUACUGUGAAGUAACACCUGCAUUGUUAUCGGAGGGACACCUCAAAUGGCCUAGUUUUGAGAAUGUCGUUACUCCUGAUUCUUCGGCCACAACGUAUCCCGAAAUAGAUAUAGCGAAACAUAACUUUGACGAGAAUGAAGAUUCUGACGACUUGGAAAAGAAGUCCAGUGGAUGCAACAACAAUUUGAAUAAUAAUAAUCUUUCGGUCAAACCGCCAACGGUGCAAAGGGGCGUGCUCCGAACAAACUGCAUAGAUUGUUUGGAUCGAACAAAUGUGGCUCAAUAUGCUUAUGGCUGGGCUGCUUUAGGGCAUCAACUUCGUGCCUUGGGAGUGACUACUUCGACAAAGUUAGACCUUGAUGACCCACUGGCUGAGGACUUAAUGGGUUUUUAUGAGAGAAUGGGUGAUACUCUUGCACAUCAAUAUGGGGGAUCAGCUGCCCACAACAAGAUUUUCUCGGAGAGAAGAGGGCAAUGGAAAGCUGCGAUACAGUCGCAGGAAUUUUUCCGAACUCUACAGAGAUAUUACAGCAAUGCUUAUGUGGAUGCAGAAAAGCAAAAUGCAAUUAAUAUAUUUUUGGGGCAUUUUCAGCCACAACCAGGCAAACCUGAUUUGUGGGAGCUUGAUUCUGAUCAGCUUAAUCUGCGAAGGAAUGAAUACCCAGAUAUCGAUGACAAUGGAAGGUCAUGGGUUAAAAGAUCAUGGUCAGACGGUCACAUUCUUCGUGAACAAUGUUCUCCCACAUCUUCCUCAAACUUCAAUAGUGGAAGUACUAAAAUGCUUUCUGAGUCGGCACCAGAUAUGUCGACUUCUGAAGCACAUUUAGCAUAUUUAAGAUGUAAUCCGCCUGCUAGAGAGAUUUUUUCGGAAAUGCGAAGAGAUAGAUACAUUGAACAUGAUAAUUGGAACGCUAUUGAUUGCUCCAACUUUGUUGACGUAGAUUGGCUCUCCUCCUCCGGAAAUUCAUUUGAAGAAGAGUUGUUGGAGAGGUCGAUGCAUAUGUCAUCAGAAAAUGUACUGAUUGGGGAGCGAACCCCAUCUACCAGUGAAUGUGAACCGAGCACGAGGGGAAAGGAGCAAACUAGAACCGAGUUGUGUUACGAUGAAGCUCGUGACUCGGAAGUUUUUGGCGAAUUUCCAGAUAGUUUUGUGCGUUGGGUGACAAAUGGAGAAACACUGUGUCACUGAGAAGAGUUUAGUUCUGCAAUGAUAUGUAGAAAUCAGGCAGAGUGAAGGAGAAAACCAUUAUGUGGAAAAAUGCAGCAUUAUGCGUUUAUUUCAAUACAUGGAAUCAUGGAAACCUCGGCAGGGAUCGCCCGUGUUUUUUUUGUCUGUUAUUUUUUUUUCAGGUAGUAUGAAAGAGUAAAUAGCCCACAUUUAAAAAUUUCUGUUUCUAUAUGUUAAUCUUUAAUGAAAAUUCUGUGAAUUCUAUGUUGUACAUAUGAAAUGUUCUUGGGGAACUUCACCUCAUGUAAUAAAUAGGCUCAUCGAUUAUUUUACAUUGAUUUUGUCAUCAACGGGAUUUUGUUUGUUUACAAAUUUUCUCUUCCAUUGCGUAUAUUUUCUAAUUUAUUAGAAAUUACUGACUUUGUUUAUUUUAAAAGAA